UUUGGAAUGUAAUGAGUAAGUUCAAAGUAAUUGAAUGAGAAGGGUUCUAAUGGCAUUUUCCCCAGUUUGAUUGUUGAAUGCUCUCUGCUUUGAAGAAACUAAUCUGAUAGUCUCACUCCCACAGCAACUACCAUUAAGUAGUAUUUGAUGAAAAAAUUGAAUAAAUUUACAAAUAGAAAAAGAUUGAGCUGCAAAUAGAUGGUUGCAAAGAUUGAUCCAACUAAUAAGAACUAUUCUCAUAAAGGUUUUUUCCUGAAUUCAUGUUAUACAGCAGGCUUUGAUAUGAACUCAACAUGCGAGCCAAACGGGUCCUUAACUUCCUUAUUAGUCUGACCUUGUGGCGAAGAUAUAAGUGAACUUAUAACUAAUGAUGCAUGACAGAAAUAUACACUAAUCAAAGCCCACAGAACCCUCCAUUCGCUUCUGAUUUCUAUUACUUGAAACUUCCCCUUUUGAUCAAGAAACUGUUUUCCAGAUGCUAUAUAUAUAUAGUUGUCUUCCUUAUCCAUUGCGUACUUGCAUUGAAUAUUUUAUGUAGUACCUUUCUUGACCAUCGUUCCCUCUUUCAUUUUCAACAAGAGAAGAGUUCACUGCGAUCAUAAAUCUUCCUUGUUCCCCAUUCUCUUAAACCUCUUGAUUAUCACCGCUUACAACUUACAAGUUCGUGUGAGUUAUAUCACACCAUCUCUGCUUCAAAUUUGGUCUUUCACAAGGACGUUUUUUAGCGACGGGGAAUUCCUUUCUCCUUGAGUUCAACAUGUCUGAUCGUUUAUACAGAUGCAGUAUCUGCCAUACCCACGUCGCUCUCUCCAAAGAUUUCAGCCUCAACUACUCGGUAAUCUUUUUUCUGCUCUUUCUUGACAAUUGUUGUUCUCAAUGUCAAAUUCUUGAAUUCCGAUUUAUUAGUAAUUGAUUAAGCACAUCAGAUACGUAAUGUGCAUAUUCAUCAUAUUUGCGAGCUAACAUAACCUUUGCUUCUCUUGAAAAAAUGAUGGCUGUGAUUAUUAGAUAUUUUUAGGCUUAAAUGCUUUUCAUCAAGUGCCGCCAACAUUCUUCUUUCUUUUUGCAAGAAUGUGCAACACAAUCUAUUCAUACCUCUAUAGGAAAGAUGGACAGAUUGAUCAAGAAAAUGUAUACCCAAUUAGUAUUUAGGAAGUAGAUAGAUCUUGUAAUGCCUACGAUUUAUGCGCUUAUUACUCAACGUUACAAGUUUUCUAGAAUGAUCAGAGUAAGCUUCAUAAUACUAGACUAGCCUGAGUAGACUCCAUUAGUAACUGAUGCAAUGAUAUAUUACUAUGUAGAUAAUUCUUACUUCAAUCAUCUCACCGCGCCAUGUUUUUUCAGCCUGUGACAGGGGUGACUGGAAGUGUAUUUGAUAAAGUGGUGAAUGUGCAUGUAAACAAUGCAAAGAAGCAGAGGCAACUUGGUCCUCACACAAUAGUAGAUGUCUACUGUAAUAAAUGCCAGAAUCUAGUUGGAUGUCAAUUUAUUGAAGUAUUUAAAGAUGAUCCAGUCGCAAGAAAAGACAUGGUUAUGUUGCAUAUGUGGAAGCUGCAGGAAAGGAAUAGAAACCAAAUAGAAGAAGCAGCAGAACCUGGAGCGAAUGCAAACCAAAUAGAAGAAGCAGCGGAACCUGGACCGAAUGCAAACCAAACAGAAGAAGCAGUGGAACCUGAACUGAAUGCAAACCAAAUAGAAGAAGCAGCGGAACCUGGACCGAAUGCAAACCAAACAGAAGAAGCAGUGGAACCUGAACUGAAUGCAAACCAAAUAGACGCAGCAGUAGGACCUGGAGCAAGUGCAGCAACCGGAAAGCCGGUAUUGAAGAAAUAUAAAUCUAUCAAUGCUAUCAUAAAAAAUUCUCGCUAGGAGAUCUCUUGAAGAAAUGGAUUGACUUCUACAAAAGAAACUUUGAAUGCCCUUUACUUUGUAUUUUUUCCAUACUUUUCAUAGGCUUUUCACAUUUCUUCUAUUGAUAUAUGUACCCUAAUAUCCCACGCCCAUGAUUGAACAAGAACAGGGGAUUCAUACACUAGCUUCUUGUUGCUUAAAAAGGAUUAUAGAUCAGUUUAAUGUACUGAUACAUAUUCACUGAUGUUUUCUGUUGAAACUGUGAUAAUAUAGUUAUCAAGCUUCACGACUAGCUCUUGAAGAUCUGAUAGUUUUUGGGUUGAUUGAAGGUUAUGUUUGUUUAGAAUUAGGGUUUAUUUUGUAUUAGAUGGUAUUUUACUAUUUUGUUUUUGUU